CAUAUCCCUUCAAUUACAAACAUGGACGAAAUAAGCGACUAUCACGACGACCAUAUUCGGCCGCAGAAAAAGCGUCGCAAGUAUAUUGCCAAAGCGUGCAACGAAUGCAAGCGUCGCAAGAUCAAAUGUAACGGCCAGACACCAUGCCAGCGAUGCGGCCGGCAGCGUAUCGAUUGUGUCUAUGCGGAUAAUCAACGGAGUAUGGGCGAUGCACUAACCCUCGACCGCCUCUCCCACCAAAUGAGCACCAUGCAAGAACAAAUUUCCCUCCUUUCCUCCGCCGUCUACACCCUAACCAGUGCCAAUGGCAUCUCGCGCCCCGAGAAUACCACACAACCAUACGCACACCCCCAACCCCAAACAUGGACCCGCCGCCUCUCGUCCGCCAGAGAAGCACUCACCUUCCAAGGCCCCACGACUUCAGCCUUCAGCUUCGAUCUCGCAAAAUCCAGCCUCCAACAGCGCGGAAUAGUCGGUGUCGUCGACGGCGACGACGAAGAUGUAGAUGGUGAUUUAACGCAGGAGCCCUCGCCGAUGCCGUCGCCACCUUCGCCAGCACGAGGCCCGGUUGAUCCGUUGUGGAUGAUUGGGAAGAGCGAGGUGCUACGGUUAUGUAGGGUCUAUGAGGAAGAGAUGGGGAUUAUGUAUCCUAUUUUGGAGAUGGAGGAAUUGUUGGGGCAGGUACAUGUUUUAUAUGGUGAUGGGGGGUCGGAUGAGGGGAGUUUGAAGGGGGAUUUACAUAUUUUGAGGAUUGUGCUUGCCUGUGCGUUGGCUGCUGAAGCGAGUGGGGGGAGUGAACUGGCUGUGAGGUUGUUUGAGAGUGUGCGCGUUGUCGCGGAUGAUUGUGUUUGGGGAGCGCCAGAUAUAGAUCACAUUAUCUUCUUGACAUUGGUGUCAAUCUUCUACUUCCAAAUGGACGAAGAAACCCUCGCCUGGCGCACAAUCGGCAUCGUCGAACGCAUGUGUCUCGAAACAGGCCUCCACCGCCGCGAAACCCUAGACCAACUCUCCCUCCUCGCCUCAGCAGGCAGCAAAGACCGACUCUCCCGCCUCUUCUGGUCCGUCUACAUCCUCGACCUCCGCUGGAGUUUCGGCACGGGCAUGCCCUUUUUCCUCGAAGAAAGCGAUAUCGACCCCUGGCUUCCUGAACCCGAGGAGAAGAAUUUCCCGUAUCUACGGGUUAUGAUACGGUAUAGUCGGAUCGCGGCGAAGGUGUGGAAGUUGAUUGCGGCGUUUAAUAACACGGAUGAGAUCAAGAAGGAUGAGAUGAAUUAUUUGGAUUGGCAGGUGUUGAGGUGGGCGGAGACGAUGCCGGAGUGUUUACGGUUGGGUGGCGAUCAAGAAGAUGAGCCAAGGAGUUUGCGGAGGUUGCGCGCGGUGUUGUAUCUUCGCGCGAACCAGCUGCGCAUGCUUAUCCACCGUCCUGUCCUACAUACAGCAGCACAUAUCCGUCGCUAUCCCGGUGAGUCCGCGACAGUGGUUGAUCUAGCCAAAGACACGAUCCGCUUCAUUGCGCGUCUGCACGAAACAUCCGAUAUUUACAGUCGACAACAAGUCACUUUCAACUGGUUCUUGGUAUCCGCGUUAGCAGUUCUGUUUCUGGCCGCCGCGCAAGCACCAGGACAGUUCAAUCGCGGGUGUAAAGAAGAAUUUUACAUGGCGCUGGAACUAGUCAAGGGAUUCUCAACACAGUCGUAUAUUUCACAGCGGCUGUGGAAGUCGAUUAAAAGUUUGCGAAAACUCGGACCGCAGCUAGGGUUGUCGCAUGAGCAUCAGCAGCAGCACCAGGCUCAAGAGAAUGGCUCAUUGGGUGACGUGCCCACCUCGUCAACAAUGCAAGCCACACCAUUAGACGGGAACCAGAUGACACAAGAGUUGAUGGAGUGGUUUGAAACAGUGGGGAAUCUGGAUACAUUGAUGGCUAUGGGAAUUCCGGGCACGAAUACAGGUGUGGAAGACGGAUUGGCUAUGCUGGAUUACGGAGGAGAGUUAUCCAGUGUUAUGAAGGAUUGUUUCUAGCUGCAGUUAUAUAAUACGGGCAUCUUCGUCAGUCAGGUCAGUUAUUAGCAUGUUCCCAGGCUCGUGGGCAAAAACAAGUCCGUCAAUCUUAUCGCCAGCGGAUUCAACUGCAAUUUGUGGUGUAACGCCGCAGCCCCAGAAAACCGGAACCUCAUCUUCCCUAACAACAGGCGCCUCCCCAAAAUCCGGCUUCUGAAUAUCCUCGAUCCCCAACCUCUUCAUCCCCUCCCA